AUGUCUACUUAUAAAUCUGUAAAUACGAAACCUAUACCUUUAAAUAUUAUGGAUCUUCGAGAUGAAGCAUUUUAUGAUUUUAUUCGACAAUUUUCUGGGAAAAAAGUUGCAGAAUUGCUUUCUUUUCAAGAAUGCAAUGGAGUUGACUCAUUUCUUGGAUGCGAAGAUGUUACUGCUGUUCUUCAAUUGAAAUCUGAUCAAUUAAAUGAACUGAAGAAAAACACGUGUAUUACAUUAAGUGAUGGAUCUACCGUUCUUUUACUAGGUCUUGAAUCAUCAAUCAUUAAUCUUAAAAAAGUUCUUAAAAAGAAACGAGAAGAACUCAAUAAACAAGCUGAACGACUUCAUGCUAUUAAUUCUUCAAUUUCAUUAGCUACAAGCUCGACGUUGAUCAUUCCAACACAAAAUGCUUCAUCAAUAUUUCAUCCUUCAACUCAUACAUCUCCUCCUUCACAUGCAUCUACACUUCCUGAUUCAUUCAACGUUUCAUCAUCUAAUUCUCGAACUACAUUUAAUCCUCUUACAGAUGAAAUAACAAAUAGAAUUACACGAACUAUUAUUGAUUGGCUUGAUAAAAAUAAACAUGAAUUAAACUUAGUAAAUACUAAUUUUAAGGAAGGUGUUGAUUUUCGAUUAGAAUUAAACAAGCGACAAGAUGGAAUUAUGAUGAUCUGUAAAUGUGGUGCAAAAAAUUCUAUUGGACAAAAACAAGGAAUUCUUGUGGUAAGAAAUUGA